UCCCUUUAUUAGGGCUAGAGAAAAGCCCAGCAGGGAGACAGAGAGUAGGGCAGGGGGCAAAUGCCAAGACUGAUCCUGGUUCCUGCUGUGCCCCCAUGGCUCCCAGAACAGUCCUUAUCACUGGCUGUUCCUCAGGCAUCGGGUUGGCACUGGCUGUGAGACUGGCCACUGAUUCCCAGGGACGCUUUAAAGUGCUGGCCACCAUGAGGGACCUGAGUUGCCGUGGACCCCUAGAGGAAGCAGCUGGAUCAGCCCUGGGACAAACCCUAGAGAUUGAGCAACUGGACGUCUGUGACGAGGGCUCUAUCACUCGUUGCCUGGAUAAGCUUCCAGGACAAUAUGUGGACAUCCUUGUCAGCAAUGCAGGCAUAGGGCUCAUCGGGCCCCUAGAGUCACUGUCCCUGGAUGACAUGCGCCAGGUUAUGGACACCAAUUUCUUUGGGUUGGUGCAGCUGGUUCGGGCACUGAUGCCUGCCAUGAAGCGCCAACGCCGGGGACACAUCGUGGUUAUCAGCAGCAUCAUGGGCUUGCAGGGCAUCAUGUUCAAUGAUAUCUAUGCAGCCUCCAAAUUCGCAGUGGAGGGUUUCUGUGAGAGUCUCCUGGUACAAGCACUUCGGUUCAACAUUUCGGUAACACUGGUAGAGCCAGGCCCUGUGACCUCAGAGUUCGAGGGAAAGCUGUAUUCCGGGGUGGAGCAGGUGGACUGUGUUGGCACUGACUCCGAGACUGCAGACAUCUUUACCCGCAUCUACUUGCCCAAUUCCCGGGCUCUCUUUGCUAGCCUGAGCCAGAGCCCUGAGGAUGUGGCCGAGCACACCCUGAAGGUCAUCUGUGCCCGCCGCCCACCCUUCCGCCACCAAACCAACCCGGCCUACACGCCCAUGCUGGCCCUGAAGCGCGCCGACCCGUCGGGGGAACUGGCGGGCGCCGCCUUCUACAGCCUGGUGUUCCGCCACGGACCACUGCUCCGGGCCAGUCUUCACGCCGUGCGCCUCUGCCGCUGGAAGGCGCGCAAGCUCCGCCAGGCUCUACGCUUGCUCGGCCUCAGCCGAACCGGGUCCCCUUGGUCUCCAGCCUGUCCCUCGGCCCCGCCGGACUCCGGGCAAGCUUGAAGAGGCUUCGUUCGCUUUCCCUCAGUGCCCAUCGCGGGAAUCCCCUCCUACCCCCUUUCCCCCAACGGAGUGUCCUGGAACCCGGACUCUGAGACUAGGGCGGGCGCGCUGUGCGUGUGGGUCUGUGGUGUUGGAGGGACUGGAUGGAGGAGUCCGAGCCGCCCGGUCUCCUCUCUCCCUCCUGUUCAGCUGCUGAGAUACCAGCAACCCACACUUGGCACCGUCUAGUCCAAACCCUCGCCCCCUUCUCAUUUUCCAAAGGGGAAAACCGAGGCCCAGAGAGGGAUGGGAAUAUGUCCGAAAUCACACAGUCACAGUGGAACCCGGGUCUCCGGACUCCAAGACCCCGACAUCCUGACACUACGAGGAUCUAAGGCGCCUGGCUGGGGCGGGCAGG